AUGCAAAGGAUAUUGCGUGAGAUUUUAUCUGAGCUGGAAAAUACGGAUAAUAAUGAACAGGCAAAAGAUGAUUUGUUACAAUUGCGUAAUUCAUAUCAAAUAAAUGCCGUUGCUUUUCGUUACCGGUAUGAAACAGCUGAUGAAAUCAUAGAAAAAGUAUUAUCGCUCAAGAUACAUGAAAAUACCGAUCAAAGUGUUCAGUUCGCAUUCGCCGUUCAUUUGCAAUCAUUUAUCAAUAAUAUUUUAUCAUGUUCAGUUGCAGUUGCUGCAUUGAAACCAUUGAUAAAAUAA